CCUCACUUUAGACAAAGAUAAAAAUACACUGCCAGAAAUAUUGCGAAAAUUGAAUCAAAUAUUCGCCAAAUUAAGCUCCAUUGAUAAUAGACUUUCCAAACUCGAAGAAAAAGGCUGCACGCAUGAAAAUAAAGAAAUACUAUCGGUGCUCCAAGAAUUCGUAUCUUUGCCUUUAAAAUCCAAUGAGGAGCUACAAAAUAUGGAGAAAGAUUUAGAGGAUAAAGAAUUUUUGGAACAAAUGGCAAUUUCCAUGAAUAGAAUCGGUGGACGAAACAGCCACGAUUUAACCAUUAACAUUUUAAAAAGAGUGAUUAGCAAUGAAGUAGCUCCACAAUAUAGUUGGGCGGGAAAGUUAAAAAAAAUGGGAUUCAAAGAUUUAUUACUGGCAAAGUGUAUUAUACGAGCUGUGAAUAUGGCGGAUAAUAAAGUGACGGAAAAAGAAACCGUUAAUUGUAUUUCAAAGUGGCUCGUGCAAGCUACUUUAAGGCAUGAGCGAAGCCUUGAUAAACAAAAAAUUAAAAAUCAGAAGACUUCUGCAAAUGACCAACAAGAAUAAAUAUAUAAUCUGAAGA